AUGGUUUCAUCCUUACAAUUGCUAUCCAGUGGUUCUGAGAAGUUUGAUGACGCAAAACUAUAUAGAAGUGUGGUAGGAACAUUGCAAUACUUGUGUAUCACAAGGCCAGACAUAUCUUUUGCAAUAAGCAAGAUAAGUCAAUUUAUGCAAUGUCCUUUGCUUGCUCACUGGAAGGCAGUAAAAAGGCUGCUAAGGUAUCUACAAGGCACAAAAGAGCAUGGAAUUUUGAUCCUUCCAAGCACAGAUUAUAGGCUUUAUGGGUUUGCUGAUGCAGAUUGGGCAGCAGACUUGGAGGAUCGAAGGUCUGUAACAGGUUAUUGUGUUUUCUUAGGGCCUAAUUUGAUUACUUGGUGUUGCAGGAAGCAGACCACGAUUAGCAGAAGCUCAACGGAGGUAGAAUUCAGGAGUCUAGCUGCCUGUGAAGGGGAGUUGGUCUGGUUAACAAAUUUACUUGCUGAAUUGAUGAUUUCUCUCAAAACAGUCCCCACUAUUUUCUGUGAUAACCUCAGCACCGUGUCACUCACAGAAAAUCCAGUGCUACAUAAUCGUACCAAGAAUUUUCAACUUGAUGUUCAAAUUAUUCGAGAGAAGCUAAAGUCCAAAUCUCUCCAUGUGGUCCACAUUCCAGGGAAUGAACAGGUAGCUGAUAUAUUAACAAAGCCCUUCUCAGUAACUGCUUUUUAG